AGUCCUCAGCUGCCAGCAUCUGAUUGGAACCAUAUCUCUCGCCGGGAGUGGCUGAGCGGCUCCAAGGCUCCCGGCCCGGCGGGUACUUAAGCGGGGCCCGGCGUGUCCGCAGCUCUGCAGCCUGGAGGCUCCCGGACCGCGAAGUCAUGCUCGUCUCGCAGCGGCGCUAGGUAGCGUGUGUCUGUAGGUUAUGUUCAUUUGAGACUUCUUCUUUGGGAAUUUCCUGGUGUGGUUAAGUGUCUGCUGGAACUGGAGUUUGCUGCCUACCUUCUUGCCAUGUCUAACGAAGUAGAAGCAAGUACAACAAAUGGUCAGCUUGACCAACAGGCUGUACCCAAAGCAUCAUCAAAGAAGAAAGAAAGGCUCUGGAAAGACAGAUGAGUAUCUCUUGGCCAGGUUCAAGGGUGAUGGUGUAAAAUACAAGGCGAAGCUAAUUGGUAUUGAUGAUGUGCCAGAUGCAAGAGGGGAUAAAAUGAGCCAAGACUCUAUGAUGAAAUUAAAGGGAAUGGCGGCAGCUGGUCGGUCUCAGGGACAGCACAAACAAAGGAUCUGGGUCAACAUUUCACUUUCUGGGAUAAAAAUAAUUGAUGAGAAAACUGGGGUAAUAGAGCAUGAACAUCCAGUAAAUAAGAUUUCUUUCAUUGCCCGUGAUGUGACAGACAACCGGGCAUUUGGUUAUGUGUGUGGAGGAGAAGGCCAGCACCAGUUUUUUGCCAUCAAAACAGGACAACAGGCUGAACCAUUAGUGGUUGAUCUUAAAGACCUUUUUCAAGUUAUCUAUAAUGUAAAGAAAAAGGAAGAGGAAAAGAAAAAGACUGAAGAAGCCAACAAAGCAGUAGAGAAUGGGAAUGAGGCCCUAAUGAAUCUUGAUGACCACACUACCAAACUCAAAUUGGGUGUUGACCAGAUGGAUUUGUUUGGGGACAUGUCUACACCUCCUGACCUAUAUAGCCCAACAGAAAGCAAAGAUAUCCUGUUAGUGGAUCUAAACUCUGAAAUCGACACCAAUCAGAAUUCUUUAAGAGAAAAUCCAUUCCUAACAAAUGGCAUCACCUCCUGCUCUCUUCCUCGACCAAAGCCUCAGGCAUCCUUCUUGCCUGAAAAUGCUUUUUCUGCCAAUCUCAACUUCUUUCCCACCCCUAAUCCUGAUCCUUUCCGUGAUGAUCCUUUCACUCAACCAGACCAAUCGGCACCCUCUUCGUUUGAUUCUCUCAAAUCUCCAGAUCAGAAGAAAGAGAAUUUGAGUGGCUUGUCUACUCCACUGAGUAAUGGGCCCCUGAAUGGUGAUGUCGAUUACUUUGGUCAGCAAUUUGACCAAAUUUCUAACCGGACUGGCAAACAAGAGGCACAGGCAGGCCAGUGGCCCCUACCAAACACACAGACCCAGCCAGCAGUGAGAACUCAAAAUGGGGUAUCUGAAAGAGAACAGAACAGCUUCCAUAUCAAAUCUUCCCCGAACCCUUUUGUGGGAAACCCUCCCAAAGGACUGGCGGUACCGAAUGGCGUAAAGCAGGACUUGGAAAGCCCUGCCCAGUCCUCACCACAUGACUCCAUAGCCAUUAUCCCACCUCCACAAAGUACCAAACCAGGAAGAGGCAGAAGGACUGCUAAGUCCUCAGCAAAUGACUUGCUUGCAUCAGACCCCUUUGCUCCUCCUGUCUCAGAAUCUCCAGGACAGACAUCACCAACAGGGCAACCUGCAGUUCUACAGACCAAUCCUCUGGAUCUCUUCAAGACAAGUGUUUCUGUCCCAGUGGGGCCCCUUGCAAGUCUAGGUGGUAUACCAGCUACACCUCCACAGGCAGGCCCCUGGACCCAACCAUCUUUAGUCUUCAAUCAGUCCACUUCCAUGGUCCCAGGAACCAUGAUGAGUGGUCAACCUUCAGGAUUUGGUCAGCCACUGGUGUUUGGCACAAGCCCAUCUGUUCCCGGUUGGAACCAACCUUCAGCAUUUACAGGCUCAACUCACCCUCCAGGCCCUACUGUUUGGAGUCCUUCAGCAUCUGUGACACCCAACACUUGGCCAUCAGCGACCUCCUUGGGGAAUCCUUUCCAGAGCAAUAUUUUUCCAGCUCCUGCCCAACUCUCCAGUAUGCUCCCCUCUCUUCUGGUCACCCCUCCUCAGCCUCCUCCCAGAACUGCUGGCCCAGUGGACAUCUCCAAUGAUGCCUUCACUGCUUUAGACCCGCUUGCAGAUAAAGAAGUCAAGGAGGUGAAAGAAAUGUUUAAGGAUUUGCAGCUGAAACAGCCACCUGCAGUACCUGCAAGGAAGGCAGAGCAGACUUCCCCUGGGACUUCAAGUGCCUUCUCCAAUUAUUUCAGCAGUAAAGUAGGCAUUCCUCAGGAGAAUGCAGAACAUGAUGACUUUGAUGCGAAUCAACUGUUGAAUAAGAUCAAUGAACCACCAAAGCCACUUCCCAGACAAGGUGCCCUGCCAGUUAUCAAAGCUGCUGACAAUGCAUUUGAGAACCCUUUCUCUAAAGAUUCUUUCAAUUCAUCACCACAAGCUCCUUUGUCUCCUCCUCAGUCUCCUGUUCCUGAUGUAUAUAGGGCUGCUUUUGCAAAUCCAUUUGCAUGA